AUGCCCCGGCUGCCUGAUCAGCAACAGCCAACAUAUGGCGCCCACUUCUACCCGCACCUGUCUCAGCACCAACAGUCGCACAUCGCCGCUCAGGCGCAUGCCGCCGCGCAGUCGCAGCAGGCUCAGUUCCAGCAACAACUGAGCUCAGGUCCCAACAGCCGUCAGAUCUCUCCUCUCAGCACUUCGAAUAGUGCCUCGCCUACUUCUCCAAAGUCCUACCACACCCGCCAACUGAGGCCGCUCUACAUUCCCGCCGUCCUGCGUCCGACAGAUUAUCCAGCCAAGAAGGCACCAGCCAAGAAGACGGACGAUGAUGACGAUAGCCUCAAGGCCAGUAGCAGUUGGAGCAGCCUCACCGGCCUCGGCGCAUUUGGCCGUCUCACUCGACGCUCUACUGGCGACAGUGGCAAGUGCAUGAAUGGAGAGUUGGAUCUGGAUCUGUUUCCCCAGCCUACUGCCGAGCCUACGCGCCAGCACUGGAAGGCCGACAACGACGCUACGAUCUGCGACGAGCCUUCUUGUAGACGUCACUUCAACUACUGGACGCGACGCCACCACUGUCGCAAGUGCGGCAACAUCUUCUGCGACAGUCAUUCGUCUUACGAUGUGCCGCUUGAUCAGGAUGCCAACUACAACCCUCGAGGCACACCCAGUCGCGCCUGUUCCCACUGCCACACCGACUUUGAGGUCUGGCGGAGUCGCACAAACAGCGCAGCCUCCAGCGAUGACAGCUCCUCCAACAGCUCCGGCACGGCUCCGGCGAGUCCCAUCACGGCAUCUGGCACACCUACCGCCAUCGGCAAUCCCGGCCGGGACCAAAACAAGGGCGAGGUUGCUGCAAGCGUUCCACGAGACUGGAACUGGAGCACUUUCUGA